AUGGAGACGGACCACAUCGACAGCCUGCUGGAGCGCUACCUCGUCCUGCUGGAUAAAUACACGGUUCUGCGCGAGCGCCUCGGCAAGGCCCAGGCCGGCAUGUAUCAAAACAUCGCACGAGCCAAUUUCUCUGCAGAGAGGGGCAUCCGAUAUGGCCCCGACUACUACGACGAGCGCAUGCAGGCUUUGAGGGUCCUCGAUGUCUCUGCAGACGGCAGGGGUGUUCCCCGCUUUGAGAUCGUCAAGUCUGCAGACGCCGUGACGCUCUCAAAGACAGCGGCCGUGGAGGCCGAGGCGGAGACCCGUGAGGCUCGGGGCCAGGAGGACAAGGGGCGAGUGCCUGGUGGCGUUGAUGAGGCUCCGCAUGAUGAGUCCGACACAACGUCUGCUGACGGGGGCAAGGGUGAGACCCAAGCGGAGGAGGACGUAAGAACGAAGAAGCAUAGGAAGACGAGCAAAGACCCCCUUCGAUGGUUCGGCAUCCUGGCGCCCUUACCUCUGCGACAGGCGCAGAUGCUCUCGGUGCAGGCUGUUCAAGACAUCAUUCCGCAGCUGGCAUCGGUGGAUGCCGAGAUGAAGGACGUGGAGAUCGAAGUCCGGCGGGCGCGGAAGAGGCGAGCUAAGGCGGAGGCCGCGCUGAAGAAGAGCGAAGCGGAAGAAGUCCCCGAAACAGAUCAAGGCGAUUUGCAAGCCCCGGUGGCAGCAAUUAAAUCGAUGUGA